AUGAAUCUAUUCAUCCUCACUGCGGCCAUUAUGUCAUUCAGUUUUGACAUGGCAAAGUCUACCAAGUGGAUAUUCAAUCGAAGACACAUUUUUAAAGAUGAUUGUGUGUCUGGAGAUGGCAGUGAAUACAGAGGGACAGUGUCUCAUUCUGAAAAUGGGAGACAGUGCCUGAAUUGGGGCAUUUUUCAUAAUAUUUGGGGCGCGUCUGUUGGCAUUGGUAAUCACAACUACUGCAGGAACCCAAAUAAUUACCUGAUGCCAUGGUGCAGAGUUCAAAAAGGAACUGUUAUAGUUAAAGAAUACUGCAAAAUUCCUCAAUGUUCAAGUUCAACCCCAGCAGUAGAACCUCCUGUGGUUCAAGCAGAGGAUACAGAGCUCACCUGUGGCCAGACUUCUGAACAAAAGUUUUAUAAAGUGGUGGGUGGAUCUUACACGUCUAUAGAGUCCCAGCCGUGGGUGGUUAGCAUCUUGAAAAGCAACGGAAAUUUGCUUUGUGGUGGAUCACUCAUCACACCUUGUUGGGUUCUCACUGCGGCACACUGUUUCGAUGGAUUGGAGGAAAGUGAAAAGCCAUUAAAAGUUUAUCUGGGCAAGAAUGCAAUCAAUGAAACCGACUCAUCUAAGGAGCAGAAGUUUAUGGUGGAUAAAAUGGUCAUACAUCGUAAAUACGUGGCCUCCAACUACAAUAAUGACAUAGCACUUCUGAAAAUCAAAAAUCAAGAUGGAGGAUGUGCUGUUAAAUCUGAAACCUCUCGCACUGUCUGUCUCCCACCUUUUCGAACUCAACUCCCUGGCGGAUUUCAAUGCAGAGUUGCAGGAUAUGGCAAGGAGCAGCAAUAUGGGAGCUAUUCAAAUGUCCUUAAGGAGGGGCGUGUUAACCUGGUACCCCAGUCAGAAUGCCGGAAAACAGACUAUUAUGGAGACCUCAUCACUGGGAACAUGUUUUGUGCAGCUAACUCUAAUUGGACUGAUGAUGCCUGCAGUGGGGACUCAGGAGGUCCUUUGGUUUGCAACAUUGCAGGCCGGAUGUUUCUGUUUGGUGUUGUGAGUUGGGGGGAUGGCUGCGCCCAAAGGAACAAACCUGGAGUCUACACCAAAGUCUCCAGCUAUAACAGAUGGAUUGCAAAAAAUACACGUCGACCACAAUACACGACAGGAAUAAUAGGCAUGCAUGACGUCAUGUGGGGGGACUCGGUGUUGGAUCCAACCGCGCGCGUUAUGCGCGCGUCGGGGAGCGUCAAUGCGCUCGAGCUGCCUGGCAGCGCGGAGGACAGCGAGGGUCCGACUCCAGAGCUGAACGAAGACACUGCGCCGCGCACAUGA